AUGGAGCGACCCCUUGUGGUCACAGUAUCAGGCAGGCCUCGGUCUCGGAAGGACACGAAGAUGAAGCUGAUUUUGUUAACUGCUGCCAUUUUGGCUUUCGCGCGGGCCGGGGGGUUGCCCACGGAAGAGAUCGAUGACCAGGACACCAGCGCUUCCGUGGAGCAGUUGAAGUUCGACCAAACUGCUGCCCAGUCGAGUCCGAGCAGCUUCUCGCAGUACUACGCGCCCGCGGUUACGCCACCUUACUACACGCCCCCCCCUCAAACUCCACCGAGGCCUUGGAACCCCUCGCCGAGCAACUACAUACCGUCGCAGAGCAACCCGGCUUCGUCCUUCGGCUCUUACGUGCCGUCGAGUACGCCAGCCGCACCAGUGAGCAAUUACGUUCCUACCCAGAGCCCAAUCAGCAAUUAUGUACCGCCCUCGCAAGGCUACUUCCCCGUCCAAAACGACCCGCCCCAGCAGACAUGGAACAACCCCCAGAACAACGUGGGCCCGCAGAACAGUUGGAACAACCCGCAGAACAACGUAGCGCCGCAGAACACUUGGAACAAGCCCCAGAACGUGGCCCCGCAGAACAACUGGAACAAUCCCCAGAAUAACGUGGCCCCCCAGAAUAAUUGGAACAAACCUCAGAACAACGCCCCCGCGCAGAACAAUUGGAACCAACCCCAGAACAACGUACCCGCGCAGAACAAUUGGAAUAACAACAACAAUUGGAACAACUGGAACAAUCAACAGCAACCAGCACCGAGCACAACUACAACAACUACUCCGACUGUUUCGAUUAUUAAAAAUGAACAAUCAUUUGGAGAUAAUGGCAGCUAUAAAUAUGAAUAUCAGAUUGGCGACGGCACGCACGUAGGUGAAGAGGGUUAUUUCACCAACCCGAAGGAAAACGACGAGAGCAUUGUGAAAAAGGGAUGGUAUUCUUUUACCGACAAUAAUGGAAAAGUUUACACAGUCACUUACUGGGCCGACGACUCUGGCUACCAUGCCACUGGAGACCAUCUUCCCACACCACCUCCAGUCCCUCCAGCGAUACAGGCGGCCAUCGAACAAAACGCGAAAGAAGAAGAAGCAGCCAAAGCAGAGGCGGAAAAAAAUAAGCCCCAGCAACCAAAGCCAACUCAAACCCCACAACAGAUUUACUACCCGCAACAGGCACAAAACCCGCAGAAUCUUAAUUAUCCUCCACAGCAUCAACAGGCACAACCAGUUUACUACCCCCCGUCGACUCAAAAACCUGUUCAAACAGUUCAGCAACCUCAGCAAACGGUAUACCCGCAAACGCCUCAGCAGACAGUAUACCCGCAACAAACUGUGUACCCACAGCAACCUCAGCAAACAUAUUAUCCUGCACAACAAAACCAACAACAACAGCAGACAUAUUACCCGCAACAAAAUCAACAACAGACAUACUAUCCGCAAGCGAGCUAUGGUUCUGGCAAA